CAUAGGGGUUUAUCAUGUUAACCUAGAAAGAUACUGCAGGGGGGUUUCAGAAGGAUUAUCAAUCAUAAAGCAGCACGAGCCGUUCUCCUGAAGCAGGCUCUGAUCACUGCAUGGUCAGACUAAUUAGAAACAGGGAAUCUUUCCAAGACGCGCUGCUGACGGAGAUACAUUUAUGCGCUUCGUUCCGCUUGUUAGUGAAAAUAAAAGUUGUGUGCAGGUGCAGAUCAUAACCAAUCAAGUCUCCCUCUCGCGCCCAGAAAACGUGGCGUUUAUCGUUUAAUUGGCGCGAGCCCUCCCCUCCUUCAGCUCGCGCCGUGGUUCAUUCCAGCCUCUCUGUAUCCUCCGGAGCGAAGCGCGUUUCUGCCGUUAUCCACGCACUGAGCCAGGCGGUUCAAUCACAGCACUGACACACCAGCAAAGUGAAUAUGGAUGAAGAGAUCAGGACCGAGAUCGUCGGGACUGCUCCGUGUUUAACUGUUAACGGGAAUGCAUUGGCUUCCUGCAGACAUUUUCUCUGAAUCCUCUCGGCCCUUGGCUGUGGGGUCGUGAGCAGCUACCAUGACGUACAGCAACUCCAGCUCGCUGACAGCCAACUUCAGUGGGGCUCUGGACGGCUACGACUCCGGGGGAAACCUUUACCGUCCAUUUUCAGUUUUCAGCGUGCUCACUCUCACUUUACUGGCAAUGCUUGUGGCAGCCACCUUUGUGUGGAACCUCCUGGUGCUGGUGACCAUCCUGAGGGUGAGAACAUUCCAUCGGGUGCCCCACAACUUGGUGGCCUCCAUGGCCAUCUCAGAUGUGAUGGUAGCUGCGCUGGUUAUGCCACUUAGCCUGGUUCAUGAGCUGAAUGGCAGACUGUGGAAGCUUGGACGCGUGCUCUGUCAGGUGUGGAUCUCGUUCGACGUGCUCUGUUGCACGGCUAGCAUCUGGAAUGUGACAGCCAUUGCACUGGACCGCUACUGGUCCAUCACCAGGCACCUGCAGUACACACUCAAGACUCGAAAAAAGAUCUCCAACGUGAUGAUUGCACUGACAUGGCUGCUAUCUUCCAUAAUCUCCUUGUCGCCGCUCUUUGGCUGGGGAGAGACCUACUCAGAAGGGAUGAAGUGCCAAGUGAGCCAGGAGCCAUCCUACACCAUCUUCUCCACCUUUGGGGCAUUUUAUCUCCCACUUUGUGUGGUUUUGUUUGUCUAUUGGAAGAUCUACAAAGCUGCUAAGUUUCGCAUCGGCUCCCGCAAGACAAACACAAUCACCCCUAUGGCUGAGGUUUCAUCAAUCAGGCAAUCAAUCUCCCAGCAACAGGUAAAGGAGGAAGCCCAACAGCCACAGAUGGUGUUCACCGUGCGCCACGCAACCGUGACCUUCCAGACAGACGGGGACACAUGGCGGGAGCAGAAGGAGAAAAAAGCAGCCCUUAUGGUUGGCAUUUUGAUCGGCGUGUUUGUGCUUUGCUGGAUCCCGUUCUUCAUCACCGAGCUCAUUGUGCCGCUGUGCUCCUGUGACAUCCCGCCGAUUUGGAAGAGUAUCUUUUUGUGGCUGGGAUACUCGAAUUCCUUUUUUAACCCCCUCAUAUACACCGCCUUUAAUAAGAACUACAACAAUGCCCUAAGGAACCUCUUCUCCCGACAGCGCUGAGUAAAUCUGAGCGCCACUCGCAGUGUUACCCCACCCAACCAGACUGAUCCAUGUGUCACUUUAUCAUCUCAUCAAAUAGGUGAUAACCAGAAAUUGUCUUAAAAAAAAAAAACACCUUUAGUGUGCAACAGUUUUGUCAUUGUCAAUGUGUUUUGUUUAAGACUGAAACAAGCAUCUGCCUGCAUUUUUAGUGGCGAAAUGAUUUGGCAUCUUAUUGAAACAGUGCUCUGAAAAGGAAUUUACCCCUCUACAGUCAUCAUCUCUCUUUUUAUUUACAAAAGCUAUAAAAUUAAUCUGCCCCCACUCACCUUGUUAAAUCAUAAGUUAACUCUGAUCAAUCGGAGCUGAACCAGGUCCAGGCCUGGAUUCUGCCAGACCUGUGGAACCAAGAUAUCACUUCAGCAGAACCUGAGAACAUGAAGUAGAUUAGUUACUUUUGAGAUAUUCUAAUGUAUCAGACUAAAGAAAUUCCACAACGGAUGAAAAAACUGUAUUUUCUUUUUUUCAUCAAGGGGAAAAUGUGUUUUCCUUUUCACAGAUAGCAUCAGCCUGCAGCCCAGAACACCUGUCAGACGGAGGAAGCUGUAGCUGGCACUUUGUGAUGUGAACCUCUUGCCCAACUCAAAGAAUAUUGUGCCAGACUUUUGCAGCCUUGAGCGAGAUGGUAGCUGCAGGAACAAGAUGAACAAGAUUGUCUUCUGCCACACAGAUGGGAUUGUUUAGAUUACUGACCAUAUUGGAGUUUCUAACCAUACUUUGAUUCUCUCCAAGAUGAUCAGUAAACCACGAUACUUUUCCACACAGGGUUGAAUCUCUGAAAAGUUUGUAGUUUGAAGUAGUUAGCGAUAUGUUGCCAAAGGCUCAUUUAUUAUUCUAGUCAAAUGAUUUUUUAAUAUUUAAUCAGAAUAAUUCAAUCAUUUGUUUUUGUUUUUUUUGUUUGUUUUUGGAGGUUUUUUUGUAGCAUUAUCAGCUAACAGUGUGGAGCAAGAUCUAAAUGCAGACAAGAUUAAGGCAAGUGAAAAUAAACAAUUUUACUUAAAAUCAUACAAAUAAAAAGUCCAGAGGGACCUAAAAUAUUACAUCACAAGAGGAACACCAAGAAACAGCCUGGGGUGAGUAACAGCAUGAUCUGACUGAAAAAUAUUUAAGGUAGAGAGUGAACUGCUGCUUCAGGAUCAGAAUAGCUAUGGAUUGUGCUCUCUCAAAAAUCCUGAAAGAGAAUUUCCGAUCAUCAGUUUGUAAAAAUUAGACUCAAUCACAUUUAGGUUUUUCAGCAAGAUGAUAUCACAAUAAUCCAGAGCAUAAAUAUACCUCAGAAUAGCUAAGAAAAUGUAGGUUUUUGAUUAGCCUACUCAAAGUCCAGAAUGAAUUCUAUCCUAGAUCACAGAGGACCCUCGACAGGUGGUUAAUAUUCAUAAAUUGUCCAAUGUCACUGGAAAAAUUUAAAGACCCAUUGUUAUUUAUAGUAAAUACUUGAUGGCAGUUCUUACCACCAAAGGUUUGUUUGGAUAGCCUUUUUCUCUUAAUAAUUUAAAUCCUCACUUGAAACCAUGGCUGUAUUAAAAUCACUUUUGUCUGUGUUUGAUUUUUUUUUUCCUUUUUGUGAAGAAAGUAAAACCAAAAAAAGAAUCUGUUAGAGUGAAUAUUAAUUUUUAUACCUGUGUUGUUCAAGUGUUGUUUUUAUCUGGUGCAUCCUAAUGAAAAAUAAAAGCAUGGUAAUUCAUUUAAACUGUUUCAUCAUCAUCAUCAUCAUCAUCAUGUCUGCAUAAAAGCAGAGAAGGGAGUAUGCCUCAAGAAAACAAAAAAAAACAUCUGUCAGAAGUAAACAAAAUUAGUCUCAUAAA